ACCUCUGUUAAGCGGAUGUAGUUAUAUUGCAACUAGAUAUUUUGGUGUAACAACUAGAAGUGCAGUACAUUAUUAUUAUUAUUGGAUAAACGUCAUAUCGUCUGCUCAAGAUCGGCUUUGUAUACUAUCCAUGUUUGUUACGUACUAAAGGGACACACGAACCCAGCAUUCUACAGCAUUACACAUUCAGCAUGUUACAACAUUACACAUUCAGCUUGUGACAGCAACAAACCUUCCAUUUGAAGUUUCUCACAUUGGAUAGUUCUUCAGAAAUUGGAUACACACAUAAUGACAAAAACAUGUAGAUAAGAUAAGAUAAUUUUAUUGAUCCAAUCAAAUGGAAAUUCAGUUUGACUACAAUUGACAAUAUCAGCGUAACUACUGUAACAAUAACAGUAUAGAUGAAAAAUUCGAACAACAUUCACACACGAAACACAUACACACUCACAACCAGCGCUUUAUGAAUUUGACUUCUAUGUACUUCUCGAUGACGACAGCUGAUCUUGUAACACUCUGACCGAAAGUGGGAUAAAUAAGUUUUUAAAUCUUUCUGUUUUAGUCCUAAUGGAAAGGAGACGACCACUUCGUUCAGAUCUUAUGUAACAGUGGUUUAAUGGGUGCAAGUUGUCCUUAAGAAUCGAAAGUGUUUUGGAAACGCAUCUUUCAUAAAAAAAGCUCUUCAAGGGUUCAUACAGAGAUUUUAAAAUCAUGACGUCGGAAACAAUUUUGAGACUGUGCUCUUUAACUGUGGUGUCUGCUGUUUGUUUGGCCAAGAAUGUGGUGCUGCUGCCACCACCAAUGUCGAGCUACAUCAUCUACCACGCCAACAUUGGCCAGGCUUUAAUAGAACUUGGCCACAACGUGUCACUCUGUGUCCCAGAAUAUCUGUCCAACAAGGAACUGGUGCCGCAUAAAAGUAUUAACAUCAUACGAUACGGGGAAUAUCUCGGCGAUGUCCAGGCCAAGUUUUUACAAAGAGUCGAUCUGAGAGAUCAAUUCUGGCAAGGUAAACCUCAAACAUUCUUGAGUCGGUUCCCGUUGAUUCAGAUGUUUAAAGAACUAAUUAAUGAAAUUCUCUCAGACACAAAGUUUCUUGCAGCGAUACAAGAACACAACCCUGAGUUCUUCGUCGUAGACAACUUCAUGUAUAUUAGAAAUAUUCUGGUACUGCCCUACAAAAUGGGAAUUCCCUUUAGCCUUAUAGGAAGCUUUCCUGACAACUUUCUCAACGGGAUUCCAUUUAACCCCGCCUCCGAGCCACUGGUGCUUGAGUACGCCAGUUACAACAAAACAUUUUUUGAAAGGGUCAAGGCUGUAACCAUGAGCCUCAUUUUUUUAAGCUACGACCUCUUCUCCGACGCUGACGUUGUCUCAAGAUACGCCCCUGAAAAAGCUUACAUGACCAUCAGGGAUAUUGCUCUGAAGGCGGAAAUAUUUAUUGCGGAAACAGAUCAUGUUCUAGAUUACCCACGCACAAGUCUUCCUAACACAAAACUUAUUGGGGGAUCUUCAGUAAGUGAGGCCAAACCAUUGUCAGGAGAAGUAAAAAGGUUUGUUGAAAUGUCUUCCAGGGGCGUAGCUGUUGUGUCUUUUGGUGGGUAUAAUAUUUACAUACCAGAUCAUAUCAGAUCUAAAAUGGCAACUGCGUUUCAAAAACUAAAUCUAAAUGUCAUUUGGAAAAUAAAUUGGACAUUUGAGCAACGAGACAAAAUUUUAACUUUAAAUUGGAUUCCACAAAAUGACCUCUUGGGUCAUCCUAAAACUAGAGUUUUAGUUUCUCAUUGUGGGAAAAAUAGUCAAUACGAGGCGCUGUACCAUGGAGUUCCAAUCCUUUGUCUUCCAAUGCUUUCUGAUCAGUUUUACAAUUCGAAACGAAUCUUCAUAAAGGGAUUCGGACAAUAUGCGGACAUAAGGGAGAUAACCUCUGAUGAACUAGCUCGUUUGAUUCAGCAAGUAGCAGACGAUCCUAAAUAUAGAAGUAACAUCCAGCAAGCAUCGACAAUUUUUAGAGAACUUUACAAAAUUCCCAGCAAGGAAGCUGCUUUUUGGCUGGAUCACGCGAUGAAAUAUGGCGGAAAUUACAUGAGGUCAUCGGGUCAACAAAUGCCACUGUACCAAUUUCUUUUAUUAGAUGUCAUGGCCUUUCUUUUAUUUAUUCCCAUUGUUACUAUGUUUAUAUUAUUUGUCAUUGUGAAACUUUGUUGUUACAGAUUUAGAACAUUGAAAAUGAAAAAUGAUUAGGACACAGCGUUUGAAAUAAAAGGAAGAUCAAAAUUAAAUAUUUAUAUCAUAUCUCUUAAAGUAAAGUCUGUUAGUUAUUAGUGAUCAGGCGGAAAUUUGUGUGGGUCCUUUGAUUCAUGUAAACUACAGUGAACACAUGUGAAGUUAUGUUUAAAAU